AAUUCAUCCAAUUCAUCCACCCUCCCUCCCAAGUGUUGCAGAGAGAGAGAGAGAGAGAGAGGUACACUUCGCGUGUCCAUUCCGCUCAUCAUGGCUUCAUCGUUGUCCAAGGGGCCCUUGUCCGCGGUCGUCAGAGCCAGCAGCACCUCUUUCGCUUCCUCCGGUGUCGCAUCAUGCCAAUCUCGUUCCUUUUCGCAGUCCAUCCAGCGCCCUGGCGGCGUGCGCCCGUCAGAGUCCGUUUCAAUCAGGCCUCCUCCUCAGCCCAGUACGAGAACUAGAACCAGACAAAUGGCGAGAUCGGAGCUUCCGCAGGAUAUCGGCCUCUUGCCCGGCACCUACAUCCGUCCGUUGUGGAAGGAUAUGCCGUCCUUCAUCCAUCAGCGCCAUGAACGCCUUCGGCUGGAAUGGCUGUGGCUGAAGCACGCCGUCCAGAAUUUCAUUGGAGUCAUCGCCUACAGCCGAUACUUCAACAAAGGACUACCCCUCGAAUUGAAGGAGCGUCGUCAGAUCGCCCAGGACUUUCACCGGCGCAUGUUAACUGCUUUCGCAGCGGGCGACACUGCCACCAUCAACAAGAUCUGCUGCACCGGUCUAGCCAAGGAGCUCAACUCACGCAUCGCAGCGCGUCCAAAGAAUGAGAAGGUCACCUGGAGCCUGGACAACUACAACCGCGACGCCUCCACCUUCUGGACCGGUGCCCGCGUGGUGUCGGACCGUGCCACUCAGAUUCCCGAGAUUCCGAACUCGGGCGUGCGCCAGGUCGUCGUGCGCAUCACCAGCAAGCAGACCGCCGGCAAGUACACGGCGCCCGCCAAGGGACAAGCCGCCCAGGACUCCACCGCUGUGGCUACAAAUGAAAAGCAACGGGACUGCACAGAAUACAUCGUCAUCCAGAAGCUCCGGUGGACGGGCGAGGAUACCGGCUGGCGCGUGUGGGGUCACGCCACUCCGACCACAGUCGACGAUCUGACCAGCCCCUUCUUCGCUCCUGGUCUGACCCUCGCCGAGCGCUUGGAGGCUCUGAAGGCGGGAAUGGGUCGGUAAAUUCAUACAAGCACUUGCUCAGUUGCCUCGUUCCUUCCCGUCCUCGCUGUGAUCUGACCACAACCUGCUCCGCAAUGAUGGCAUGGCGUGAAAA